AGCCCCUCGGCGAACCGAAGACGAGGCCGCGAGGCGAUCGCUCAGCGCGGCCCCCCCAGCGGCCGGGGCCGGAUAAGACAAAAGAGAAUGAAAGAAGUAGAUAAUCUUGAACAUGUAAAAGAAGAAUGGGUGUGUGAAGCAGGAUCUGACAACCAACCUCGUAGGGGUAAUCAGCAAACAAGUUGUGAAUAUUUUGUUGAUAGCCUUUUUGAGGAAGCUCAGAAGGUUGGUGCCAAAUGCUUGUCUCCCACUGAGCAGAAGAAACAGGUAGAUAUAAAUAUAAAAUUAUGGAAAAAUGGAUUCACAGUCAAUGAUGAUUUCAGAAGUUACUCUGACAGUGCAAGUCAGCAGUUUCUGAACUCCAUCAAAAAAGGGGAAUUACCUUUAGAAUUACAGGGAAUUUUUGAUAAAGAGGAAGUGGAUGUUAAGGUAGAAGAUAAGAAGAAUGAAGUAUGUGUAGCAACAAAACCCAUGUUCCAGCCUUUCUCCGGACAGGGUCACAGACUGGGAAGUGCCACACCAAAAAUUGUUUCCAAAGCAAAGAGUAUUGAAGUUGAGAAUAAAAAUAAUUUGUGUCCUGUCCCACUAAAUGACCUGGAACCCAUCACUAAUAUACAGAUCUGGUUAGCCAACGGGAAAAGGAUUGUCCAGAAAUUUAAUAUUUCUCAUAGGGUAAGUCACAUCAAAGACUUCAUUGAAAAAUACCAAGGAUCUCACAGAAGCCCUCCCUUUGCCCUGGCAACUGCUUCCCCAUUCCUCAGGUUGCUAGAUGAAACACUCACACUGGAAGAAGCAGACUUACAGAAUGCUGUGAUCAUUCAGAGACUUCAAAAAAACACUGAACCUUUCAGAGAACUUUCAUAAUACGGAUUUUUGAUACACUGAGUGAAAAGUUUGCAGAGAAAUGAUGGCUGUCAGUGGACAUAGAAACUAAUAGGGAAAGGAAAAGUCAGAUAUGUUGGGUUUUGGGCCUGAAGUAUUAUUUAACUUCCUCCUGUUACCCUGUUGAGAGGAUUUUUACUUAAGUUCGAGUUAGGAAAUUAAAUUUGACUGGAAACUAUAAUCAAUGCACUUUUCCCAGUAGGCUGAUCAGAAAGAAAAAUUCACUUCCUUUCAAAUACCACUUAAUCAACAUAAGAUAUACUUAAUAACUGUAUAAUUUAGGAUCUUCAUCUGGUAUAAAUUAGCAGAUAUGUUCACAGUAUCAUUCACCCAAACAGCAGUGAUUUAUUUAAAUGUUAACUGUUUCAGAUUUCAAAAAUAGCAAUACAUUCAAAAAUUUAACAUGGCAGGUUAAGAGCAUCAGUAUGAUUGUUUUAUAACUGAGAUGCAAUCAAAAGACUAGAUGGAAGGAACUGAUUUCACUAGUUAUACCUAAACCUCAAAGUUUCCAAUUUGCUUUCUUUAAUGGCAGUGUCUACUCAGAUAUUAAUGUGGCAGUAAUAUCUGAGAUAUAUUUUCAUCUAAGAGUAAAUUGUGUCGCUUAGUAUACUGUUACUAGUCAUCUGCCUCCUCACAUUUCUGCAUUUUUGAAAAGUAAAAGUUUUUUUUUAUAUAUUUUGUUUUUCCCAUCUCCUAUUUUACUCUCUUUCAGAAAUCGGGGAUCUGAUCUUUAGCUAAUAUUUGGAGUGAGUCAUUCAUUUGCCACCAUUUAGAAUCCAAUGCUGUCUUUUCACAUUACUAAUUAAUAUUUUAGGAUGCAUCUCAUAAAGCCUGAUUUUCUAUUCCACAUCAGAGUCAUCCUGUGUAUACUUGAAAGGAAUAUUUAUUAUAUUCUGAUGCCACUAAGGAAACAUGCUUUGUAUCUUAGACUUUGAACUAAAAGACUUAAUUAUUUCACUGUCAGAUUAAAUCCCCUUGCCUGAAAAAUCAGUUUAAGAUUUUUUGCAAAUGAUGUAUUGACUCAGAUCAAAAGUGACGUACAUAAUGAAUGCUCCCAGGACUAAGUGCCCUAGCCUGCAGCAGUAAGUUCACAGGCAGUGGAUGUCUGCUGGAAAGAGCAGUUUGCUAGUGAACUUUCUGGCAUCAAGAUCUUUUGUUCAUGUGGGUUGUAUGUAUAUAGUAUAUUUUAAAACGUUAUAAAAUGUCUUCAUUUUAAAAAUAUGCAUCUUAAUAUAAAUAACAUUUUUAUGAAAAUUAUUUAUCAAAACACAAAAGGGAUUUAGUGAGAAAAGUCUUAGAUUUUUUGGCAAAUCCCCUUUACUGUGAUUUAAGGAAGACAGAUGGAAUCUCACUUGUCUGCUUCUACCUGCAAUCUGUUGCCAUAUCGAACAUAUAGCCUCUAAAAAUGCUGCUGUACAUCCACGAGGAAAAAAGCAGAUGAUGUAUUAGUAUGAUUAUGAUGAGACUUGACCUUGCAGAUUCUCUGUCCUUAUAAAGCAGUGAUUCCCACGCCCUCACAAAAGUAUCACUUUGCAAAGCUUUUCAAAAUGCCUAUUCCUGCCACUACCGCACGGUUCUAGCUCAUUUUUUCUGGGAUGAUUCCCAGACCUCUACAUUUUUAACCUUGAAUAAUUCAUACUUAGGUCACUAAUAGAAGGACGAGCUUUCAGGAAAUCUGCACUAAGUUUUCACCCUAAGAAAAUAAAACCAGCACCCUUCGUCAUGGAUAGUAGGAGACUCUCCACUGAAAUGGGGCUUCCAUAAGUAUAAUUGAGACAAGGCUGGGCAUUUAAAUGAGGAAUAACAAAAGGAAAAUACAGACUUGAAUGCAUGACCUGUUAUAAGAUACGUGGUCUGAUGGAGGUCCAUUUUAAACAUGCUUCAAUUUAUAGCUCUCCGACUUACACACAGUAGCGGUCUGUCUCUAUUAGAAAGAGAGGGAGGGCAACAGAUAUGUUGCAGGAAAUAAAUAUCAUUAGUAACUUUUACAGCCGUGUUAGAGCUCUCUCUAGUGAAACGAAAGUGAUAGUAUUCUUUAACAAAUGAGGAGGUAAUAAAAUCAACAGACUUCUUUUUCAGGGAGAAAAUAACAUGAUAGUAUAUUUCAAGAAUCUAUAAUAAAACAUUUCACAUAGGUCUAUCAGGAGGCAUUUUAUACUUUCUUUUGCAUAAAUUAGUCAAAUAUGUAAUUCUUCAUAUAUUUCAAUAAAGGAACCUCUCUUGGGAAAUACUUUUCUUGUACCUAUAGAAAAACCUCUUUCAGUGGUUCUCCAGUUAGUAAUUAUUUAACAAAAAGACUCAUCAGAGGUUUUCUUGUACAUGAACAAUAUAUCCCACUGAGAAGUUCCUGUAAGGAAAAUCCGUCAUCAGCAAUAACCUCCAUUUUUGUAACUGUGAAAACUUUCAUUAAUGUGAAUAAUAUUCUCUAAAGUUUUCCAAAAUGGGACCCAUCCUAUAAAGCUUUUUACUUGAAAGAUUAAAAUUGUAAAGUCAUUAGUUAAAUGUGUAGAAUAUUCAAUAUGUUGGCUUUAGAAAACAAAAACUGAAUUUGACAAGGUAAGGCAAACUUGAAAAUGAGCAAGCAUCUUAGAUGUGGAAUACAAUUUGUCUUAAGUUUUGCUUCAAAACUCAUCAAUUUCUUGAAAAAUUGUUAGGGCUAAUAUUUCUAAUUUUAUAGAAUCUAAUUUAUUGGUUGAAAUACUAUGCAUCAUUGAGUUAUAAAAGUGAUCUUAUUUUAUGUACUUCUCAUUCAGAAUACUCUUCAUUACAUGUUAUCGUGUCGACAGUAUAGUAUGUAUUCAUCUAAUUCAGUGCCUUAAAAAUAUUUUGAAAGAGGUAUUUUGCUAAUGGCAAAAGAAUUGUUCUCUUAAGGAUGAAAUACUAUUAAAGGAUCUGUGAAAUAUCUUACACUUGUUUCUUAUAAAACAGCAUUACAUUUGGAUGCAUUUGUCAUUUUUGUUGGGCAGAGUCAUUCAGUUUGAGAAUCAGCAAACAUUAGGUGCCUUCUGUCUGCCAGAUACUUUAACCAAUGUUGCUUCCAUUUAAGACCCAGAAAUGUUAGCAACUGUAAUAUGUUCAAAUUGUUUUUUAUUUUUAUUUUUUUAACUAUCCUUUAUGUCCUUAGCUGACCUAGCACAGAGACUUGUUAGUGGGGUUCACUCUUUUGUUCUCUUUCUAAAUACAAACCAUUUAAUUAAACAAUGGCUCAUCACACUACAUCUUCAAAUAGAAGUGGCUUAUUCAGUAGACUAAUAUUUGACUCUUGUUUGUUUUAAAUUUUUUUUGUGUGUGAAGAUAAUUCUUAUUCUUGUAGAAAAUUACAAAAUACAACUAUGCUAAGAUGAUCAUUAAAAUGCCUAUUAUUCCACCAUUCACUGAUAACAUUUUGAUGUAAAUCCUUUCGGACAUUUUUAAGUGUAUCAGUCUUUAGUUCUGUUUUAAUUAAAAGAUGGGCAUGGUUAU